UCAGCUGUGUCCAAUCACAGCUGAUCACAUACAUUUUGAUUCGGCAUAUCAGUGCCCAUCUGAGCUGCCUUUCAAUGUCACCCAUCAGUGCCAGUCAGUGCCACCUAUCAGUGCUGCCAAUCAGUGCCGCCUAUCAGUGCGCAUCAGUGCCACCUAUCAGUGCCAGUCAGUGCCACCUAUCAGUGCCAGUCAGUGCCGCCUAACAGUGCCAGUCAGUGCCGCCUAUCAGUGCCAGUCAGUGCCGCCUAUCAGUGCCAUAUAUCAGUGUCAUAUAUCAGUGC